AUGUCUAUCAAAAACGAAACUACCCCCAUGACCUCUGUCAACACCACCCAGCAAUCAACUGCGAUCAUCACUGUAAACGAUGCCAUUGCGGACUUUGAAGCAAAUGUCAGACCUGGCCUCCUAGAGCCAUCUAACCACCACUUGACCGGUGAUGACGCCCCCGCUUGUCAUCCCCAACACGAUCCCUUGCACCGUGUUGGCACCACCCAACGCGAGCAGUUCAAUCGCAACAAUGAGGCGACUGUUGUGGUUCUCUUCAAGAUCUAUACCAACGAUGAGGCGCCUGUCGAUAUGCCCGCUCCCAAGCCUACCAAACGCACCGCCUCUUCCAAAGCCAAUUCCAGAGGUAGUGGCUCCAAAGCUACCUCACCGGCCAUUCAACCUCCCCCUUCUCCCCAAGAGAAACGAACUACCCCUUUGGAUGACGAUGAAGAGGACACCCCCUUAGCCUUUUACAAUCGUAAAUUGAAAAAGGUCAAGGUGGAAAAGUUUGAAACUGACCCCAACUUUUGGGUUCCUGAUCCUUCCGAGGAAGAUGCUGUGCUAUCUUCCGAACUCGAGAUUUUAGAAAAGCACGAGUAUGAGCUUGACAAAUUCCUGAUCAAUUGUGGCCUUUCUUCUGGCGCCAUCCCAAAAUCUCAAGAGUGGAACGAAGAAGCUCUUGGUUCUCAAUAG